AACAAUAAAAUGAGUCGGAGGAAGCCGCCAUGUUAGGAAGGUCACGGAGCAGUGCCGUAGCUGCGUUGUAUCCGGUUACCGGCACUUCGGGCUGAUUACUGCUGGUAUUCUCCUGCCACCAUGUCCACGCCGCCGUUAUCAGGGCCCGGCAUGCCCGGAGCCGCUGCAGCCCCCGGUGGGUUCCCCGGUCCUCCUGCAGCCGCCGCCGCCGCCGCCGCCGCAGCCACCCGGGAGGUGAACACGGCGACGCUGUGCCGGAUCGGGCAGGAGACUGUGCAGGACAUCGUGUUCAGGACCAUGGAGAUCUUCCAGCUGCUGCGGAACAUGCAGCUCCCUAAUGGUGUCAGCUACCAUAUGGGAACCUACCAGGACCGGCUGGGGAAGCUCCAGGAACACCUGCGGCAGCUCUCCGUCCUCUUCCGGAAACUGAGGUUGGUGUAUGACAAGUGCAAUGAGAACUGCGCCGGACUGGAGCCCAUGUCAGUGGAGCAACUAAUCCCCUACAUAGAAGACGACUACUGGAAGAAUGAGGACCGUGGCCCGGCCAGUCAGCUGCGGUAUGCGAGCGAAGAAAGGAGGGAAAUUUUGGAAGUCAAUAAGAAACUAAAACAGAAGAAUCAACAGCUAAAACAAAUUAUGGACCAACUACGGAAUCUGAUCUGGGAUAUUAACGCAAUGUUAGCCAUGAGAAACUAAAUUGAAACAGUCUUGAUUUUGUAUUUAAUGUUAAAUUGAGGGACGUUUUUUGUGUAAUAAAUGUUGUUUUUCAUAA